AUGCUCCUGGCGCGCGGCCCGAAGCAAAAGCGUACUCGCCCCUCCGACCCGCAUCCCGCCGCCGCCCUGCCGGAGGCCUGCCAGCUCGCCCUCGCCGUGCUGCCGCAUAUGCGUCACGACGUGCCCGAGGAUCGCCGCCGCGCAGACCGCUUCGCCGCCGUGGCCUUGCUGGGCAUCCGCAGGGGGGAGCCCACCGCCUGGGACCUGGCCCUUGUCCUGCUCACCAACGGCUGGAGUGACGCCUUUGCCCCCGCAUUGGACCCCCUCGCCGACGCCGUGGGGGAGGCGGUCACAACCAAGUUUCCCACUGGCUUGCCGGCCUUGCUUCCGUUACUGGACGCCCUGCCGCCGGCUCGCGCAUCGGCUGCCCUGGCAGAGACGGUGUUGGACAGGAUGAAGCAUGCGCUGACCCCACCACUGGAGAAGCGCCAAACCUCGAAUGUGCCCUACGUGCUGGCCGCGUUGCCGACAUAUAUGGAGUGCGCCACGUUUGCGAGAGGGACGGGGUGCGACCGCUGGUUUGAAGAAGAGGCAUCGGUCCAGUUGCGGGUCCGGUAUGCCGCCGAUGUCUUUUCCAAUCACAUCUCCCCCACAUUCGAGGCGUUUGCUUGCGGCCGCCUCCCUCCCAUUGCAAGCAGGCAGUCACAGUCGGCAAGUGGCACCCCGCGCCGGCGAGCAAGGGGAAAUACUAACCAUGCUAUUCAGGCUUUAUCGGUGCAGGUUGCCCGUUCUUUGCGUGGGUUGGAAAAGGAUGUCUUGGAUGCAACGUUUGAAACAGUCGCCAAGUCGUUUGUGAGCUGCCUUGACGAGAAGAACCCGGAAGAGCCUCUCGACAGAUAUUUGCAGCUGCUCAAUUGUGGUGAAGAAAACGCCGCGCUCCCGUCUGCGUUUGGGGCAGCAGUUUUGUUGGAAAUUAUCAAAACGCGUCCAGGAGAGAUGCUGGCGACGCACACAAGAGUGCUUUCGCUGGCGCUGUCUAGCAAGGCUUUUGGAAGUGGUGCAACCAGCUCCACCUCUGCCGCAAUGCAAUUCUCUUCUCGAGAAUUUUCUUCCGAGCUGAUGGCUUAUGUCAAGGCCGUGCUAAGGCAUCUGGAAGGAACUGGGAAAAGCCAGGAUAUGAAUGAGAAUGGGUAUGUGAGAACUUGUAUUGGGGAGGCAUACAGUUGGAUGUACUGGGUAGCCAAUGCUGACGAAAAGGCACAAGUGCUGGAUCAGAUAAUCGAAAGCGUGGAACCGUUUGACAACGAAGAGAAUACCUUGUGUCUGCUUGGAGAAUUUCUGCGAGCACAUAGACGGCGACGCGAGCGGGUGGGCUUGUCGCAAUGGACUGCAAUCAAAGGACCGCGGCUAGAGGGCAUUGUCGUUGAUGCUGCCAAUCGGAUGCACAAGGGUGACAGUGUUCAUGCGCUUUCAUUUGUGACAACAGCGUCUGAUCCCCAAGGAGGGGCAUGCAUGCCUCUCUCUGUGCUUCGCCGUGUCGCGGAAGUUUCUAUGCAGCAAGUACAGGAGGCGAAGGACAGAUUUGAUUGUGACGAAUUGCUGGUAGUCUUACUCCGGUCACCUGCGAAAUACAUGGACAGCGAACAAUCGUUUAAGGACCUAUUAGAUUACGCGUUUUUACGGGCUGUAGCCUCUGACGCCGUCUAUGCCCAGGUUUUGUGCAUGUUGCUGCUGCUAGCUCCAGCAACAUGCAAAGAGCACGUUUGUCGAAUGAUUGCUUUGGUGACAGAGCAAUCUGGUAUUUCUGGAAAGGAAGGCUCUGAAGACAAUGUUCUGCGCGCAAAGAUAAUUGUCCAGCUCGUUUCUGAUACUAGCCAACACGUGGGUAGCGAGUCGGUGGCAAUAUGCGAGGAGAUUCUGUCGCGUUCGAAUCCCCAGCUGACCCAUGAGCUUUUGCAGAAUGCAUCAAUGUCGAUCAUUUUUGGGAAUGGAAGUGCUACUGAUGUGCGACAGGACCUGCGACAUGACCUCUUUCUUGACACUUUUGAAGAAGUUUCAGUCGCGGGAGGGCACGAUGAGAUUGAAGCUAAGAUGCAAACGUUUUUGCAAACUCGAGACCCCCAGGCCAAGAGCCAGAUCGCUCGAUUAGCUGCCGCGAGGAUUCUUCACGGAUCGAAUGAAGCGCUCUGCAGAUUAUUAUUCAACACCUGCCAUGAGAGUGUCACCGACACGGACGAGUGGACCUCGAUUGCGAAUGGAAUUGCAGAAGAGUUGCUUCUAUCCUUUCCUCUCCCAAAAGGGGGGGAUACUCGCAACAAGUUCUCUCGCGUGCCAUUGGUUGUACGAGUAUGUAUUGCAGCAAGUGAUGGGGCUUUCUUAGAUUCCUUCAAAGAGCUCGUCGAAACUACUGUUAAGAUGGUCAGACGGGAUCCGCUUGCUUUAGAUGGUCAAAUUGCUCUUGACAUUUUAUCGGCUGCGUUUGUGACAAAGAACGAAGAUGACAACGACGACUUUUCCGUUGCUGAUACCUCUCGGUCAUCAUCGAAGCUACCAGAUUGGCUUUUGCAGAGUGCGAUGGUUGUCUUGGUUGCCGUUCGGCGUUGUUUGGAGCGGCCGCUGGCAGCAUCGAAAACUUCUAUCGAACUGUUGGAAAAGCACGGAGCAUGCUUUUUUGCGAGCCUAUUACGCCGAGCUAGUCUGGACGAGCUGCGACAAGAUGAUUUACGGUUUUGGGCAUUGCGCACCAGAGACAUUCUUCGCUACUAUACAAGAAUGGGUGCCUCAACGUCAAAAGAGAGAUUGGCAAGUGCUUCGACGCUGGGGGCCGCCUUGGUAGAACUAACAGCAUUGGGACAAGUCGUGCAUCCAGAUGUAAUCGACGAAAUUUGUCACUAUGCGGGAUGGGCUGCUGCGUUGCUCUUAUCGGGCCCUGAAGCCUCGGGUCCAAGAAACAAAAUGGCAGGAAUGUCGUUAUUGAAAAGAGGCUCAGUUAGCAGCAGCAAUCUUGUCUUGAAAGCCGUCGAACGAGGCGUGUUUCUCGGUCUUGAUGGAGAAAUUCCUAUUGACAUUGAAACAGUUUACGACCUUGCUCCUCAGCUAGCAAGCCACAAUUCUUUUGUACGCAAAGCCGUGUUGACGCUCCUCUCCUUUGCCGCAGCAGUUGACUUGCCUGAGAAAGUAGCAGACGCGUUUCCAAAGGACGGUUUUUCCGAUGAAGCCAAAGAAAUCAAAUUUGUGACAAACCAGACGCCAGCCCCGCUACGGCUAGCCUUGGAAUGGCCACAUAUAGAAGGCACAUCAGAUCCCAAAGAGAGCGCCGACUUUGCCGUGCGAGAGCUGGGAUAUUUUCUCGCGUGGCGGCUCUUUCUCGAUCUGAUAAAGACUGAUGAACAGACAGGAUCCGUUGAGCUGGAUGGCGAUGUGCAAGAGGAUGUCUCCUUCCGCCGCGUUGGGAUCACAUUCCUGCGAUCAAGACCAGAGCUCUACGCACAGUUUUUCAACAAGUGCGUCGAAGUAGUGGUGGACGGAAGUAUGACAGAGCGCGUCGCGGCGGGGAUGGCUGCCGCAGAGGCACUCCAAGUGGAAGAGCGAGCAGCGCAAGGCAUGCAACUUGUCCGACCCCCGCAGGAUUCUCAAGAUGAUGAAACAGAGCCUGUAGAUGUGAAACAGUAUCAGUUUGAUGCUGAUUCAGCAAUGGACGAGGAGGUCGGCAAGGCCGCCGGCAUUGCAUUUGCUCGAGCACUACAGCGGCUGCCUGCGCUUUCACGGCAGCACGUUACAGACAGCUUGGACCGCGGAACAGCGCUUCGCGUAGAAUCUUUUGUGCGCAAAAAGAUAUCUCCCCUGCUCAUUGCUGCGGAGAUUCGCAAAGUCAAGGAAUGGGGCGCCUUUGGUGGCGGCCGUACAUCGUUACCAAAAGCGGGGCCAUCAUCGAGUUCAGCUCCAACCCCAGCCGCUGCCCCAGAAGUCGAAGGCGAUGGGGACGGUGAGUUGAGCGCCCGGGGGUCUGUCGCGGGACGAGAGGUGUGGGCCACGUACACAUUUUCCGAUGUCACACUGGAAAUUGGAAUGCGUCUACCUGACGUUUUCCCGCUCAACAUUGUUGAAGUAGAAGCGCGCAGUCGAAUCGGGAUGUCAGAAGCCCGCUGGCGGAAAACGCUUCUUGGAAUGACAACGCUCCUACGAGCUAAAGACGGGACGCUCGCAGAAGCCGUCGAGCUUUGGCGCCGCAACCUGGACAAGACAUUCCAGGGGGCUGAAGAAUGUCCCAUCUGCUACUCUGUCCUCCAUCUUACCACCGCUGCCUUACCCCGCAUGCAAUGCCGCACUUGCAAGAACCUGUUCCACUCGGAAUGCCUCUGCAAGUGGUUCACGAAGAGCAACAGCAGCGCAUGCCCUCUAUGCCGUAGUGCGUUUUAAAUUAGCCCCUCUAACUUGAACCUUAACCUGUACAUAGUCCCACCUAAACCAAUAUAGCCCCCGUUGGCAACUCGGUUCAACGAUGAAGCUCUAUGAAGCUCUUUGUAAACGAAAUGGCCAACUCAAAA